AUGUUUGAGGCGUGUGCAGUCAAACGAGCCAACAACCAAGACUUUCGGGUUAACCCCAUCGCCCGCCCAAAGGGCACUGGCUCGUCCACCAACUGGAAGCCUGAGAAUCUCCUCCCCUCAGCUCGGCGUCAGCAUCCUCCCCCUCAGGAGCCUCAGGCCCCCGCUCACACCCAGCGAGCAUAUGACCCAGCCGCCCCCAUCGUCAUGGAAAUUGAGGAAGAGGUUGUGUCUCCCACUGUCAACUCAGCGCCCGCCCCAACACCCCGGCCUCCUUGUCCCACGGUCGAAGAUAAGGAUGAGGCCACCUGGGAGGACGCCCCCACUCAGGACCUCACACGGCAGGUCCGAGCCCUCAUUACGGCCCUUAAUAAAGCGGACAUAGCAAAGCUCCCUCAUGUCAUUAGGGCAGCUUCGGCUGUUAAAGCUCGCAAAACGCGUCGACGACGCGUUCCCAUCGCUGGGGCCGAGCAGGAGGACGUCGUCGAUGUUGCCCAGCUCCUCCGACAAGCCAAUGUCGAAAUCAGUCUUCUCUCUAUGUUGAACAUGUCCCCUCAGAUGAGGGAGGAGGUCCGCGGUCUCCUGAAGCCGGCAUCCAAGUCCUCUCCGGCUGCUCAGCCCCAGGCGGUCGCCCUCACGGCCGCCGGCUGCCGAUUCGUCGGAGUCACUCGCUCGGCAAGGGAAGUUGGGGAAGGGGACCCCUUUGAAAUCCGUAGGCGCCCGCAAAAUCGGGAUUUGGGCACUGCUCCGCAACAUAUUAUCGACAUUUGGUUUGCUGAGCAGCAGAUUCAAAUCAGCGCCAUGGCAGACACGCCGGCCAGGGUCGCGAUGGUCAAACGAUUGUGCUUCACCUACAAAGAAGUCUUCGUCAAAACACUUGAGGAAAUCUGCGUCACAGACCUCAUCCAGCAUGAUAUUCAUCUGGUCCCAGAUGCACGUCCUGUUCGGCUCUCCCAGAAACGCUACACCCCCGACCAAGUCAACUUCUCCCAACAAGUCUUCCCCCAGAUAGCUAUGGCGGACCUCAUCUUCCCUUGGGAUGGAUCCUGGGGAGCGAACACACUCUUCCCCUUGAAACCACCCAACCCAGAUGGUUCGGUCAAGCUGGACGAGGACGGCAAACCAGCCAGAAGAAUCGUCCACGACUUCCGCCCCAUCAAUUCCGUAACGGAUCCUCUAGUCGCCCUGUCCUUCAUUUUACCGCUCAGCUGGUCGCCUCGCGCGUGUGCUUCGGUCUACUUGGUGCAAUCUCCAUCUCCUAUACAAUACCGCCUCGCCAUGCUGUCCACAAGACGUUUCAGAGCCUUGACUUCGGUCCAUUUCCAGUUUGUCGCAGACGUCAAGGUCGCGGCGGCUUCAUCAUCACGAUCCAAGGCUCCGUCCCUUUAG